UUUUCAUUUUAUCGUGUAAUUUCAAAUUUGAAAAUAAACUCUUUUCAGAUAUGUCGGAAAAAAAUGAAGAUUUGACUUUGCCAUCAGCUGUUAUUAUGAGGCUAUUAAAAGACACUAUUCCUGAUGGCAUUAAUAUAUCUCGUGAAGCUAGAGCUAGUUUCGCCAGAGCAGCUGCAAUUUUUGCACUGUAUAUAACAGCUUGUUCUACACAUGUUCAAGCAACUACUCAAAGGAAAACAAUUACAGCUUCAGAUGUGUUUGCUGCCUUAAGUGACAUGCUUCUUGAUGACAUGAUUGAGCCUCUGAAGGAAGCAUUGGAAGCCUAUCAUGCAGAUAAAGGAAAGAAAGCUGCAGCAGCUGCUGCUGCCUCUCCUUCAAAAGCUAAUACAACUGGACGAGGAAGAAAGAAAAAAUCUGUAAUCGAUUCUAUGAGAGAUGAUUCUAUCGAUGCUGCUAUCAAUGAUGCAAUUGGUGAACUGCAUGAAACUGAACAGACAGUUGAAUCUUCUAUAUGCGAUACUAAUAUGACUGUAGUUGAAACAACAGAUAUUAAUAUGACUGAUGUUAAUACAGUUGAAAUUUCUACUGAAUGA